ACGUGCGAGCCCUCAGCCACGAACCUGUUUUGAACUCAUCGCGCCGCUGUCACGUAGGCCAGCAACGAUAUGAAACGCUGCUUCUCCACACUUCUGCAUCGAUCAUAAUAAUCCUCGCAGGCAGUUUAUGUUUUCGAUUUAAAAUAAUGCAUGCUUCCUAUUUCGUUUGUUGAUUGAACGGUUGCCUUUGACGAUGGACGUCUCUCGUCGCCGUUCGGUGUUUUUAGUAAUAGCAAUGACGAUUGUUGCAUCCGCCGACGCUGCCAGUGAAACCAUGUCCAACGCGGCUGGUCUCGGAAUGCAUCCCCAGAAGUACCAAGCUUUCACCGAAGACGGUUACCAAUUGGUCAUGUAUCGAAUGCAACCCAAGCUCCCAUCACGUGGUGUUGUCUUGCUGCAGCAUGGGAUUCUUCGGUCUUCCGCCGAUUGGCUAAUGGUUGAUCAAAACCUCCCGAUGCAGCUUUUGGAAUCCGGACUGGACGUCUGGUUGGGAAACUCUCGAGCAUCACCGGAAACGGCCUCUCACCGAGUUCAUUCGAGGGACUCCAAACCAUUCUGGGACUUCAGCUUCCACGAAAUAGGAUACUACGAUCUGGCAGCCAUGAUCGACACCGUUUUGGCGAACAGUGGCCAUCGGCAACUGCACCUCGUCGGCUACUCGGAAGGAGCAACUGCUGCUCUAACCUUGCUCUCGGAACGUCCCUCGUACAACGAUAAGAUCAAAUCCUUAACUCUAAUAGCCCCGGCAACUUUCAUGGCCAACAGCCAGCUGCGACGGCUGGCUUCGCUCCACAACCGGUAUCGACGGAUCAUUCCCUGGAGCCUCCAGGAGCUGGUAACCGGAAGCGAUAAACCAUCGGUGAUCUCCGCCAAACAGUUGGACCACUUGCAGCAGAUGCUGCUUUCCGGGCGUUUCCGACAGUUCGACUAUGGCACCUGGGACAAUCAGAAGCGGUACGAUGCGGAUUCGCCGCCACCGUAUUCCCUGUGGAGGAUAACGGUUCCGGUGACGCUUCAUUACGGGACCGAAGAUGGGCUCGUUCCACCCAGUGAUGUUGUGACGUUGGCGCAGCAACUGCACUCAAGUAAGGGGGUGCGGCUCGUUAAACACGAUCGGAUCGAUCAUCGGGGUUUCAUGUUAUCGGUGGAUGCUGCCGAUCGGGUGUAUCCUCGGCUGAAGAAAACCAUAAUGGGUCGGUUUCGGUGAUGUACAGUGAAUUGUUUCGAAUCUCAGCCCAACGAUUGUGAUGAUAGAGUUAGUGUUUGAUUAAUUUGAAGUGUUAGCUACAAUUGAAAAUAUAUUUAUGAUUAGAAUAAAAUUUCGCCGAAACGUGAAAUUGAUAAGUGAACAAUAUUCUAUAUCAACAUUAUGUAUUCGAUUGAGUGUUGAUAUGCGAAAAAGCUUAGUAAAAUGGAUGAAGCGAA